CAAAAUAGAAAUUCCGACCCCUAUUUCCGGCUUGUAGUUGCCAAACGCCCCCUAAAAUCUCAUGUACACGCUCAGUUAUCAAAGGCUAUUUCCCGCUCACCAGUGGUCAUGGCUCCCAAGCCAAAGAAGUCACGAAAAACCCUUUCUACAUCGUCUACUAAGCACACCACGCUAGACCAGAAAACGUCCAUUAUCAGUGUUAAUCAAAGCUCUGCAACUCCUUCACUUUCUUCUGAUGAUGAAAGCUUGAAUUCCACCUUAAUGGAGGCCAGUUUUAGGUUUCCUGGCUUCAUAUGUAGAAAUUCCUUUCGAGGUCGAGUUACGGAGGUUGAGGCCAAGAUGAACGGUCUUGGUUCAACAAUCUGGUUAUCUGAAGCUUCCAUGUCUGCUUCCUCUCUAUUGCCUGGUUCUUAUGUAUCUGUCUCACUUGCCUCCUCUAAAGGCUCUCUCCUUGAAUUUCUGGUCAUUAAAUGCUCUGAAAAUUUCAAUAUUGAUAUUAGGGAUGACACAGAUGAUUUGAAUGGUGUUUUUUUUGCAGUUGCAGUUGUGUGGCCUUCUCGAAAGGUUCUAAAGAAUGAUGUGAGAUUGUCAUGGAAUCUCUCAUGCACCAUGGGUAAUCCUUCACUGGGCUGGGAGUACAACCAACGAGGUGUGCUUCUUCAUGGGCCACCUGGAACAGGGAAGAUGUCUUUGGCUUGUGCUUGUGUUCAUGAUGCUGGUGUCAAUCUUUUCUCUAUUAAGGGGCCAGAGAUUGUUAGUCAAUAUUACGGAAAAAGCGAGCAGGCAUUGCAUGAAGUUUUCAAGUCAGCAACUGAAGCUGCCCCUUCUGUGGUGUUUGUAGAUGAAUUAGAUGCCAUUGCACCUGCUCGAAAGGAUGGAAGUGAAGAGCUUUCUCAGAGAAUGGUGGCUGCAUUAUUGAACUUAAUGGAUGGUACUGAUAGAAAUGAUGGUACAUUAGUUAUUGCCGCCAUGAAUCGUCCUGAUUCUAUUGAUCCUGCUUUGAGGCGGCCUGGAAGAUUUGAUAGGGAAAUAGAAAUUGGUCAAAGGUUUGAAAUUCUACAGAAGAUACUUUGUGGGAUGAGCCACUCUCUUAUCGACACAGAAAUUCAGUAUGUUGCUUCAUGCACACAUGGAUUCGUUGGUGCUGAUCUCCCUGCUCUCUGCAAUGAGGCGGCACUAAUUUCUCUUCGGCGUUAUAUAGAAUAUGGAAACUCUAUUGAGUCUCCUGAGAAUUUUGUGGAGGAUUACAAGGAUAGUUCUCCCAAUACUAUUGAUGGGGAUUUAGGUCAAAAUGCAAGUUCCCAUGAUUCAGUAGUGUCUGUGUCAUCAUUACUCUUCGAUUUAUCUAUAUCCUCUGAGAAUGUUCGUCUUUUUGGUGAAAGUCAGGACCUGUCAGAUACUAAUACUGUUAAAAAUACGAAUCUUACCAACCCUUGUGGAGGAAAGAACAUUUCUUCUUGUAGGGGGAGAACAGACUCUUUGUUGAAAUUGUGCCCAGAAGAUUUUGAGAAAGCCAGGAUGAAAGUCAGGCCUAGUGCUAUGAGAGAGGUUAUGCUCGAGGAUCCAAAAGUUGGCUGGAAAGAUAUUGGUGGUCAACAUUAGGUUAAACAACAACUCAGAGAAGCUGUAGAAUGGCCACAAAAGCAUCAGGAUGGUUUUAAGCGUAUAAGGACAAAUCCACCAAGAGGCAUUUUAAUGUUUGGGCCUCCUGGUUGCAGUAAAACAUUAAUGGCUCGUGCAGUGGCUUCUGAAGCAGGGCUUAAUUUUCUUGCAGUGAAAGGCACUGAACUAUUUAGUAAAUGGGUUGGAGAAUCUGAAAAGGCAGUAAGGUCCUUGUUUGCUAAGGCAAGUGGUUCUGCUCCUUCAGUAAUUUUUUUUGAUGAAAUAGAUGGACUUGCUGUGGCCCGUGGAAAUGAUGGUCAUGGAGCUUCUGUUGGAGAUAGGGUUAUCAGUCAGCUACUUGUUGAAUUGGAUGGUUUGAACCAAAGAGUAGGUGUAACUGUGAUUGCAGCUACAAAUCGUCCUGACAAGAUCGAUCGGGCCCUUCUAUGACCAGGGCGCUUUGACCGACUUUUGUAUGUGGCUCCAAACCAGAGAGACAGAGAAGACAUCUUUCACAUUCACUUGAGCAAAAUCCCUUGUGGAUCUGAUGUCAACCUGUCAGAGCUUGCGAGCCUUACUGAAGGUUGUACAGGGGCAGAUGUUUCCUUAAUCUGUCGUGAAGCUGCUCUUGCUGCAUUGGAGGAAAGCCUUGAUAUCAUGGAAGUCUCAAUAAGGCAUUUUAACCUUGCAAUUGGAAGGGUGCAGCCUUUGAGGGUUGGGAAUUAUCAAGAGCUAUCAAUGAAAUUUCAGAGGCUGUAUCUAGUAGUGCCUGAGCUUACGGUUUGAACCAAGAGAAUCAAAGUACCAAAUGAUGCAGACAAGAUUGCUUAUGUACUUGUAUGACCAGGUCCUCUUGAAGCUUUAAUUCUUCCUUGAGAAAAGGAAGAAAAAAAAAAAUCUAAUGUUUGUUUUUUAAUUAUUUUGUUUAACUUCAUUCCUAGUGUGUUGAUGUUAAAUUCCCACAGAUUACAAGAACAACUAUUAAAAAAUAAUAAUAAUAAUAGAGGAUGUUACAUCCUCAGCUUGUAAGUUCACUGCAGGAUGCCAUGCUGAAGGCUGAGGGUGCAGAUGUCUCCUUAGUCUGCUUUGAGCAGUCAUUUGAGGUUUGCAGUUUGUUGUACCUUCACUUCUUAAAUAUUAGUUUGGAGCCAAUAUUUGAGGUUGUAUAUUAUGAAACCACUCUUCCUUCUCUUUAGGGGGAAACUUUGCCGAACAGCUUGACAUUUUAUAUGGAUGAAUUAGGUAUUUCAACAUCAUUGUCGGAAGAUCGGAGGUUGGGGUUUAUCAAGAGCUGUAAAGAAAUUCAAGAGGCUUGCAUAUGGAUGCGCAUAAGCUUCAUGGGCAGUUGUUCCUUUAUUUCUAAUUUAUAAAAUAUGAUGCAAAAUGAGGAAUAUGUUUUAAAUAUUUUAUGUGAACAAAUGCAAGGGACUUUUUGUAGCUUCAUGUCUGCCUGGAGAACUCCACUGUAGCACCUAUUCCAUGUGAGAAGUAGACUAAAUGAAAUGAACAAGGUUUUGUUAAAGACAUCUUUUAUGUGA